CUCGCAUCAUCUCGCGAGAGCUGCGGCGCUGUCGUUGUUUGUUUACAACCUGGGAACUUCCUGCAUGCUAGCUAGUAGCUUAGUUCAUCUUUGAUAUUAAGAUAACUGGGUGAUUAAACUUUACAAAGUCUGCUUUCAACAUGGGAUGUGAUGGAGGCACGAUUCCUAAAAGACACGAGUUGGUGAAAGGUCCCAAAAAAGUGGAGAAGGUUGAUAGAAAUGCAGAGUUGGCUGCCAAAUGGAAAUACUGUGCCUUGAGCCAGGAGAAACUCAGACGGCCCAUCGUGUCCUGUGAUCUGGGGAGGCUCUAUAACAAAGAUGCUAUCAUUGAAUACCUUCUGGAUAAGACUGCUGAGAGACCCAAUACUGAGGCUGUAACUCACAUCCGUGGGAUCAAGGAUAUAAAGGAACUGAACUUGACUGAUAACCCUGAGUGGGAGGGAGAGAGAAGGACUACUAAAGGAGACCGAUAUGAGGACAUCCACUGUGGCAUGUUCAUCUGCCCUGUUGUUGGGUUGGAGAUGAAUGGCAAGCACAGGUUCUGUUACCUGCAGACCUGUGGCUGCGUCUUUUCUGACAGGGCCCUGAAGGAGGUCAAGACAGAAAUCUGCCACAAGUGUGGGGACGCGUUUAAAUAUGAGGAUCUCAUUGUGCUCAAUGGCACUAAGGAGGAGGUGGAGAAGCUAAGGGAGAAGAUGGGAGAGAGGCGCACCAAAGCCAAAACCAAGAAAUCAAAGAAGAGCAAAGCAGCUGAAGUUGUGUCCACACCAUCAGAAUCAAAAGAUGACACACAUUCUCCACAAGUGGAUGUAACGGGAAGCUCACUACAAAAUGGUGAUGAAAGCAGCCAGUCAGAUGUGGCCGGACCCUCCGGAUCCUCCAGCUCCUCUAAAGGCGCCAAGUCUUUGAUAUCCGCCGCCACCAAAAGGUCCGUCCAGGAAAUGACGGAGAAGUCAGAGGUCUUCAAAUCCCUGUUCACCACCCACAGCUCCGCCAAGCGCACUAAAGCUCAGACAUCCAACUGGGUCACCCACACCCCGUAUCACUUCUAGUAUCUACCACUCAGAGCCAAGAUUCACCAUUUUUAGAUUGCUCCAGAAAUUGUGACCCAUUAAAGACCCAUUACUGAUAAACCUAAUUCUACAUACCCAGCUCCAACACACACACACACACAUUACCCCACAUGACCUCUAAUACAGUCACCAACGUGUGGACUCAUUCCCAACUUGUCUCCUCAGUCCCCAGUAGCUCAGUGUUUACAUGUUGUGAACAUUUUGUUAAUGACUCCCCAAGCUGUUCAGACUCCCCCAUGUAUUCCCUCAGCAUGUUCUUAGUCACAAGAGCUCUGAGAAUUGAUGCCAGGGUGACUUUAUCAUCUCUGUCACUCUGCUGUCUCCUAGUGGACAGAGAGCAGGCUUUUAAAGGGAUCUCUACAUGGUGUCGGAUCAUACUGUAUAUAGGCUUGAUUUCACUCUUCAGUUAAGGCAAAACAGCUCUACAUCUUUAAAGCAGCUCCCUAGUCUUCAGUAAUUAUUUUCUGUGAACACAUUAUUUUUUUCCCUUAUAAGCUCCAGCAAUCUCCCACAUUUGUUCUUUAUGUAACAUAUUUAAUACAUUUAGGAGAGGACAAUCAAGUAAUUUGUAUUCAUCAUAUUAGUUAUUUGAUUUCUUGAAAAGUCUGUUAAAAAAUUAGAUUAACAAUAUGAAGACAGAUUAAAGCGUCUUGCUUAUUUAUUGAAGCAUUUAAUACUCAUUAAUGAACAAAAGCACACAACAUAGUAGCUGUAGUGUGACAGGACAAUAGGAACAUUGUUUUAGAUCAGUGAUCUUUCUCAUUCUGGAGCACCACAAGCUUCAAUAUUUUUACUUCACUGUUUUUCUCCUUUUUGGAAGAUUUGAAAUGAAAAAUAACAAAAUAUGUUCUGUUAGCUCCCAGUUUAAUAGCAAAAUGCAGUGACAUUGAAUUAUCAUAUAUUCUACAUGUUCUUCUUCAGACAGUUUUUUUUUUUUUUUUUGAAAGAAGAUACAAAAUGUGUUCCUCCAUUUAUUUUUAUUUUUUCAUAUGUAACAAGCAAAUACCAAAAUAAAUUUCUAUUCAGUCCUACUCAA